UGCACAUCCAACCUGGAGAAGGGGAUUCUUCACGCCCCUCAGAGACCCGGAUAACCAAGCAUGGCUAGCAUAUUGUGGGGUGUAUGCGUUCAAGCCCCGGCCAGGAUGGCAGACAGACAUAGUACGAAGUAGAUGGAGGUUUAAAGCGAUGGCCAGAAUCCUGCUUCCCCGCAACGGUAUAUACUUAAGGGGCGGACGUCCCCCUGUAAAUCGCUUGGAGUGCUUUCUGUCAGAGAAGUGGUCCUCCAACAGAGCGCGCUCUUGCAUAGGUUAGAUUUCGUGAGCUGGAGGGCUGGCUAUUUGCCCAGCAUGGAGAUGAACUAUGACGAGGCGACUCUUCGCCAGUUGGAGGAGGAAUUGGAUACGAAGAUCUAUCCUGGAACAGAAAUUAUGACAGAUGUUGGGACGCAUCACUUCGUGAAAUCAUCUGGGAGCUCAGAUCGUGUUCUAGUUCCUCAGCCAUCGAAUGAUCCCCGCGAUCCUCUGAACUGGAACAAAUAUUGGAAAUUUAGCGCCAUGUCCCUGGCAACAGCAGUGUCAUUCUCGCAAGGACUUGGACCUCUGGCUCUGGGUCCCAUGUUCCCGGACCUCAUGAAGUCGUUUAACGCAAGUCUCGCGGAUGUAGUCCAAUUCACAGGUGUAUGUAUUCUAAUCCUGGGCUUCAGUAAUUUUUUCUGGGUCCCUGUUCAAGCCACCUUUGGGAGAAGACCAGUCCUUAUCUUCUCCACCCUCAUAUGCUGUGUUAGUAAUAUAUGGCGAGCGAAAGCAACAACAUAUGGAAGCUACAUGGGAGCUUGCAUCCUCAACGGAUUCGGUGCAGGCCCGGCAGAGAGUGCCCAACCGGAAAUUGUUGCUGAUAUCAUGUUCCUGCAUGAACGAGGCGCUUACAACACUCUAUAUUUCACUGCAUACUUCGGUUCGCUUAUGAUCGGUCCAAUCAUUGCUGGAGCAAUGGCCCAGCACGUUGGCUGGAGGAGUUUCUUCUGGUUUAAUGUGGGAUUAUUAGGAACUGUCUUCGUGCUUCUGGUCUUUUUCUUCCCAGAGACGAAGUGGCAUCGGGCUCAUCCAAAUGAACUAAAACACAGCCAAGAAGCAUCCGUCGGUGUUGUUAACGAGUCAAACGCCAACGAAUCCGAUCUGGAGAAACCGACGCAGGUGACACAGGAAAAUCUCACGCAUGAAGAGACAGUGGAAAGAGACCCAUAUCUGGGACGGGGUUCUCCUUCCAAACGGCAGUUUCACAUAUACCAAUUCGAUGGGAACUGGAUCAAGACAUUGCUGUUGAAUUUCUGGAUCCCGUGGAAGCUCCACCUAUACCCUAUCGUUGAAUUCGCAGCGUUCAUCGUGUCUUGGGGAGCUAGUUGUUACUUGACUAUCAAUCUUACGCAGAGCCAGGCCUUCGCUGGUCCUCCAUAUAACUUCUCCAGUCAAACGAUCGGAUUCUUCAACUUUGCCGUCUGGAUAGGUGCUCUGAUCGGCAUGGUUACCAACGGUCCGCUAUCAGACUGGAUCUCCAUGCGCGCCACGAAGAGAAACCGCGGUAUUAGAGAGCCCGAGAUGAGAUUGCCUGCCAUGAUUCCUUAUCUGAUCAUUUCCAUUCUUGGAAAUUUCAUUGUUGCAUUUGGUUCUGAAUACAAAUGGGACUGGAGGGUAAUUGUAAUUGUCGGUUAUACAUGUGCCGGGAUUCAAGUUGUGGCGCUUCCUGCGAUCGCCAGUACGUAUGCCGUCGACAGCUACAAACCAGUGGCCGGCUCGAUCUUCGUGACAGUCACGGUCAACAAGAAUCUGUGGGGUUAUGGGUUUAGCAAGUUCAUCACUCCCUGGACUGAGGAGGCUGGAUAUGUCCCUCCUAUUAUGCUCAAUAUGUGCCUUAUGGUACUCUGGUGUUCGUUUGGUGCUGUGUUUUAUUUCUUCGGGAAGCGGUGCAGGAAGUGGACGGCGAAAUCGGAUGUGCAUACCAUGUAAUGCUGGACUAGUCUUUGAUAUCUCAAUCUGGAAGCUUAAAUGAUACGCUCUCUGAAAGGCAAUACUUGUGUUAACAUAUCCUGGUUAUAUCUCUGCCCCGUACGGGCUGGUCUAGUAGCACAAUGCAUGAUUGUAACAAUGGCCCGCGGCAGUGC